GUAUUGAAAGGUUCUAAGAAGCUCUCCAUGUCGGUCUGUUCUAUGGGACGGAUCCCAGGUGGUUACGUAACCAAUCACGUGUAUACAUGGGUGGACCCUCAGGGCCGCAGUGUGUCCCCGCCACCAGACUUGGUGGGGCAGCAUGGCUCAGGAGGAAGACACUUGGACAUCCAGCAACAUGGCCACACGCACAUUCGGCACGAGGGUGCUGAGAAGAAGGUGAAUAUCUCACUGGAUGAUGGGCGAUCUCUGGGUUUGAUGAUCCGUGGAGGUGCUGAGUAUGCUCUGGGCAUCUAUAUAACCGGAGUGGACCAAGGGUCUGCUGCAGAGUACAGCGGACUAAAGGUAGGGGAUCAGAUUCUGGAGGUCAAUGGACGUAGUUUCCGGAGCAUUUCUCAUAACGAGGCAGUGCAGAUCUUGAAGAAUUCCUGCCACAUGCUGAUGACCAUAAAGGAUGUGGGGCGGCUGCCUCACGCGCGCACUGUGGUGGAUGAGACCAAAUGGAUUCCCAGUGCACAGAUCGCUGAGAGCUCGGCCAAUAGCAACACCCAGAGUGUUCUGCCUGUUGAUAUUGGAGCAGGAAGUUCAGGAAAGUCAAUCUGUUGUAAAGUUGUUGUACCAGCAGUUGGAGCGGUACGCACAGGAGCCUGGAGCUCACUGGAGGAGCAGGCAUACAUGCUUCUGACAGAGACAGAGAGACAGACCAUGAGCUAUUACAUUCAAGAGUAUCAGCGUGGACACAUCGGGGUAGAGCCUCUGGCCAUGGCCCUGUUUGAACUCUUCAAUACACAUGCCAAGCUGUCCUUGCUGGCUGAGGUGCGGACUCUGAUCGCUCUGCAGGAUCUGGAGCGAUUCGACGGGCAAGUGUUACAUCGCGAGAUGGAGGCGUGGAGAGCUCGGCACGGAGGCUCGGGCCUCCUGCACCCUGACUCUAUCUACGUCACCCAUCCAGAGGGCCACAUUCCUGCUGCCUGCCAGCUGACCACUGCAGUCCCCAGCUACAACAAGAGUGAGUGCAGGUUGGAUGGGAGUUUGAUGCCACUUGAGAGUCUAAAUUCUCUUCCUGAUGUUGCUCUGGACAAGAUGCAGCCGUCAUCCGAGUCACCCCCCUCGUUCAAGCCUCCACCUCCACCUGUUCGACAUGCCAGCCCUAAAAAUCAGACCAAACGGCAUUUUUUACGGCAUCAGGAAAACCACACCCACAAUUUCUCACACUCACACUCGCCCUGCUCUGCUCACACCUCCCCAUGUACUAUCCACCACACUGCUUCCACCUGCUCUGUCCAUCACACUCCUCCACCCUGCUCUCACCAUCACAGCUCUCCACGAUCGUCAUCUUAUCAUGCUAGCCCUUCUUCUGGACCACCGUGUAGAGAUUUGGUUCAGUUUCUAAUGAGCAGGCAGGCGGCAGUGCUCUCCCCGCACCUAGAGUCUCCAAAUCGUUCUAGAGAGGGCACCCCCAUGAUCUCUCCACGCUCCUCUCCGUCCCUUUCGCCUUCACUGCUAAUGCCUGCGCCGCCCCCCUGUAGCCCCGAGAAUCUCGAGGGCUCCCCCUCUACACACCGGUGCGGUGCCACCCAGACCAGCCCACUACACCCUGAGCCAGAGAUGACAGAGGAAAAGCCUCAGCCCCAACUACGAGGAGCCACGCUGUCCCAGCUGUCAGACAGCGGACAGACUCUGAGUGAGGACAGUGGAGUGGAUAUCGCAGAGGCAGGGGGGUUGAGUAAGGACAGCAGCCCUCGACCAGGUAAAGCUCCAUUCCUCCAGGUCACAGGUGGCACACGCAGAGCAGAAGGACUCGCACAGGCCUCCGCAAAACAGAUGGGAAUAAUGGAGCCUACACUUGUACGGGUGCCCAAAUGUGCCAGUACACUGGGUAUUGCUGUAGAAGGGGGUGCUAACACCAGACAGCCUCUACCACGCAUUGCGACCAUACAGAAGGGGGGCUCUGUGCAUAUCUCGGGACAGUUACGGGUGGGUCAGGUGAUUCUGGAGGUGAACGGCGUGUCACUUAAAGGCAUGGAGCACCGGGACGCGACUCGGGUCAUUGCGGAGGCCUUUAAGACCAAAGACAAAGACUAUGUUGACUUUUUGAUCGCUGAGUUCAACUCUGCUCUGUAGAAGUCGUCCCUCAAGCGUUUCACUAGACGCCACUGCAAAGACCUUGCACUUUAUGUCAAGUCCGCACGAGGGGCUGAAUGAGUCAUGCUUGUCAUAUCUGAGUCACAGUUAGGUUAGAGAGUUCAAAAGCUGCAACACACCCACCUUACGUCUGUGUUCUCGCUAUAACAACAAGCAGUUGCCACACACGUUCACUGAACACAUUCCCAGUAUGUUCUAGAGGAUGAUCUGCAGAGCCAAGACUGUUGGUAAUGUUUGAUAGGACGAGGUCAGGGUUAUAUCAAGUCUGUCAAUUCUGUGCCAUAUACGCGUGCGCGCGCACACACACCACUCACACA